CGCCCACAUGCCCUACCCGGGACUGACUCCAUUUCCGCCCAUGUGCCCUGGCCAUCAUUAUCUCCGCUCCAGAUUCAGGAUCUUUUAGUUGGCUUCUGAGGGUGUGAGAGCAAUUUUGGAGGGCAGAAUUUGGAGGAAUUUAAAAGAAAACAAUCUUCCUUCAGGAACAAGUGUGCCUCAAGGGUCCAAUCUAAUUGAAGGUCCAGUAAAAUUGGAUGUUCCCCCUCUGAUGAUCCAACUUCCUUGCCAGAAACAGAACCAACUUUGAAUCUGGAAUUUAGAACAGAUACCUGAGGAGAAGAGUCAGGAGUCAGGACAGACAGACCCAGGGUCACAGCAACAAUGGCCUUGUCAGUCCUAGUGAUGAUCAAGGAGGAGGUGACCUGUCCUGUCUGUCUGCACCUGAUGGUAGAACCUGUGAGUGCAGAUUGUGGUCACAGCUUCUGCCAUGUCUGCAUCACACUGAACUAUGAUUCUAGCAAAGGCAAAAAAGCAAAAGGCAUCUGCCCUGUGUGUGGAGUUAGUUUCCGAUUUGGGACUCUGAGAUCUAAUCGACAUGUGGCCAACAUAGUGGAGAGGCUGAAGAGGUUCAAGUGCUGCCCAGAGGAGAAGCAGAAGGUUUUUUACUGUCCGUGGCAUAGAGAGAAACUCCAGCUCUUAUGUGAGAAGGACAUGGUGGCCAUCUGCAACCUUUGUGAGGGAUCUCAGGAUCACCUUGAUCACAAACCAGCUCCCAUUGAAGAGGUGGCCUAUAAGUAUGAGGAGAAGCUCCAGGCUGCUCUGCAAAUGCAGAUGGCAAAUGAGAAAAGAUGUGAAGAAUGGGGAGAUGACUAUCGAAACGCCCUAACUUACUGGGUGAACCAAAUACACAGUGAGGAAGAAAAUGUGCAGAUGGAGUUUAAAGGGCUGCGGGAAUUCCUAGACUCCAAGGAGAAGAGUGAGCUGCAGAAGCUGAUGCAGGAGAAGGAAGGCAUCAUGAACAGCCUGGCAGAGUCUCAAACUGAGCUGGAGAAGCAGAGGGAGGCAGUGAGAGACCUCAUCUCAGAUGUGGAGCAUCAGCUGAAGUGCUCAACCAUUGAAAUGCUGCAGGGUGUGAAUUCUGUCCUAACAAGGAGCCAGGCCUUAAAAGUGAAACAACCUGAAAUGGUCCCAAGAAAACAGAGAAGGAUCUUCCGAGCUCCAGAUAUGAAAGGCAUGCUGCAAGUGUUUCAAGGGCUCAUGGAUGCCCAGCGCUACUGGGUUCAUGUGCCCCUGAGUCAAGUGCGUAAUGAACAUGUUGCCAUUAACAUGGAAAAAAGACAAAUACAACGUCAAAAUGGUUAUGGAAGAAAUUUGCCAAUUUCUGAGACCUAUAUUUUUGGUGUUCUGGGAUUUACAGAAUUAUAUGCAGGGAAACAUUACUGGGAAGUGGAUGUAUCUAAAUGUGACUCUUGGCUCCUGGGAUUAAAUGAUGGAAAAUGUGCUAAACCCCAACUUGAUACUCUGAAUGAAAAGGGCAUCAAAAGCAAAUAUGCUUCUGAAAUUGAACAACAUGUAAAUUAUCAGCAUGAAUAUGCCUUUGACUUUAGACACAAAUAUGAUUUUGAUAAUAAACAGUAUGGUUAUCAGUGUAAAUAUGAAGUUAAAGAUGAUUCUGAUAAAAAACUUCAUGUAAAUUAUCAGCCUAAACAUGGCUACUGGGUUAUAGGGAUGACGAAUAGGUCCGUAUAUAAUGCCUUUGUAGAGUGUUCUGUCACUCACAAUGCCAGUGUCUUGGUUCUCUCUCUGACUCGUCCUCCCAGUCGUGUUGGAGUUUUCCUGGACAGAGAAGCUUGCACUCUCUCAUUUUAUGAUGUUUCCAACCACGGAGCUCUCAUCUAUAAAUUCUAUGAACCUUCCUUUCCUGAUGCAGUUUUUCCAUAUUUUAAUCCUAUGGAAUCAUCAGAGCCCAUGACAGUCUGUGGACCACCACCCUCCUAAUCUCUCGCCCAUGUCUGAUGUCUGUUGGAUCUCAUGGGCCUGAGCUUUCUAGCAUCAUUUUUGCUCUUUCUACCUUUGGUCUUUCCGUUUCAGUGACCUUCACUUCAGUGUGGGUUCUUUUCCUUCAUCCAGUUGUUUGUCAUUUCCCACAUUCCCAAAGAAAUGACUCUGCCCCAUUAGCUAAGACUUCCGCUACCCUCCCCCUCUCAUUCUGUGGUGACACAAAUGGAAGCCAGGGCCUUGUGCAUGCUGAGGAUUUAACCCCAUUCUUUUUGUCACUGACAAAAACAUUAAGGAAAGAUCUUCUCCAGCUCCUCUAUUAGUUUUGAAAAUUCUAUGUAGAAGUGUCUAGCCUAGGAAUGAGCUCUUAGUGUUAGGUCAGUUUAACCACAAUGUUGUGCUUCAUCAGAAUUUAAGAAGAAAUCUCCAAUGGUACCCACUAAGUCAGUGUGUUCAGAGUACCUGGUUCUACUCCUGCCACUACACAUAGCAAGGUCAGCCUAAAUAAUAUCCUCAAAAGCUCAAAAAGCUUUGUGGGUUUCUUUUUGUGGGGGGGGGCAGGGUUGUUUUUUACACUUUUACUGUGAAGAGUGCAUACAUACUGUAGGUCUGUACAAGAAAAUGAAGUUGAAAUCUAUUAGAAAGCUCUGAAGGAAAAAGCAUUUUCCUCUAAGCCCAGGGACUUGAGUUCAGUCAUUUAAACCACAUGAUAGAAGAAGGCAGCUCUACUUGUUUCUUAUCAAAUAUGUUAAAUCCUGUGGCUUUCCAUUUUACAAUGAAUGAUAGUGAUGACAAUGAUACCAGUAAACUUUGUGGUGUGUUGUGAAAUGUAAACAAUAGAAUGUUUCUAGGAACUUAUGCAUGUAAAUGGUAUCCACCAUGGUGUCAGUUUUGUCAUAUUCUCACUGAGACUGUAAUAAAGGAUUGUUGAGAUUGA